UUUCGGGAUCAGCCAGGAGCUGCAUCACGUGAACAGACCGGAGGCUCAUUUCGCCUCGCGCCGCCAUACUGUCUGUGUUUUCUUCCAUUUCGCAUUUUUAUUGCAACAUUUUACUCCCCCGCGGAGUGCCAGCUAGAGGAGAAUGACUGGCAAGAGUCAGACGAGCAACGUGACCAAUAAGAACGACCCGCGCUCCAUCAACUCCCGCGUCUUCAUCGGGAACCUCAACACGGCCAUCGUCACCAAGAGCGACAUCGAGGUCAUCUUCGCCAAGUAUGGCCGCAUCGUGGGCUGCUCCGUGCACAAGGGCUACGCCUUCGUCCAGUACCUGGGCGAGCGGACGGCCCGUGCCGCCGUGGCCGGCGAGAACGCGCGGAUCAUCGCCGGACAGCCACUGGAUAUCAACAUGGCAGGGGAGCCAAAGCUUUAUCGACCAAAAGCUGGGUCAAAGCGACCUCUCUCUGCAAUCUACAGCGGGUACGAGUUUGACUAUGAUUAUUACAGAGAUGAUUUCUACACUCGGGUGUUUGAUUACCCAGGGCGUGUGCCCCCUCCCCGAGCUCUCGUCCCCCUGAAGCGGUCGAGACUGAUGACCCCUCCCACUCGCCGUGGAAAGCCCUCCCUCCCGACACGCCACGCCUCCUCACGCCCCCCUGGUCCCAGCCCGCUCUCCUGCGGCCCCAAACUAAAGUCAGAGCAGCUGCAGGUCAUCAGGCGUGAGCUGGCGCAGGUCAAGCUGAAGGUGGACUCGCUGCUGGGUCGGCUAGAGCGCAUUGAGAGGCAACAGCGCCUGGACACGGACGUCCAGAGGAAGUAUGAGGAGAGUUGUGAUUGGCUGCGUGAGGAGAGCGUGUCUGAGCGGGCGGAACAUUCUGGAGAGGAUGCAUGCGAAGGGGAGGAGCCUGAAGCGGGGGAGAUGACAGACGGAGGAGAGGAAGACUACGAUGAAGAGGCCAGCAGUGACCCGAUGGAGAAUCAUGUGUCAGAUGUUGACAACUAAGCAAAGGCUCGUUACAGAAGGCACAGGAGCAUCUGGAGACACCAAAGGAUCUUGGGAAGAUGAAGAAACAUCACACUGUGAAGAGAAGAAGACCACCAGCUCUCACACUGAUAGAAUACCCAGUCCACUUUUAACGAUGGUCAUCUCAAACAUACACAGAGACACAGGUGCACAUACAGUACACACAGAAACACACACACAUACACACACACAUGGAAAUGUGUAGGUGUCUUUGUGAUUCUGUGUUUCAUUUAUGCUGCCAUUUGUUUUGAUUUGUCCAUAUGAUAUGUCUUGUAAAUACUUAGGCACUUUAAAAGUUCUUUACUAACAUUAAAAAACCUGAACAACAGCAGCAGAGAGUGAUUUAAGUGAUUACAGCGCUCAGCUGUUGGGUCUGCUUUGGCAGAGUGAAAACUAGAGCAUCGCUUGCCAAACCAUGACCUUUUUUGUCUUUACAGUACUGCCCUGCAGAGGAUACUGCCGUGUGUGUGUGUG